AUGGCGCAGUCGCCAACCCUCCUCAAGGAGGAAACUCCAGAUCACCAAGAUCCUUCCCAUUCGACCAGUGCAAGUAACAGAGAGAAACACCGUCCAAAAUCGAGGGGUUCGACUACCAGCCUGCAGUCUGUCGGCGUAGGCAGCGCCUUCCGACCGCCUGCACAACAACAGCACCCACAACAACAGCCGGACGAGCCGAGCAUGCCUUUAGAUCAGAACAGCUUCUUCAUGCAGCAUGGCGCUCAUCCAGCUGCCGGAAUAUAUGGUCAUAAUCCUGAAGAAAUGCUCAUGCAUUACCAGCACAAUAUCCCACCGCAGCUUCACCAACAACCAAUAGACCCCAACACAGGAAUGCCACAACAUGAGAUGCGUCCCAUGUCACAACAAGCAUUCCAGGAGAUGCAGCAUUACCCUAUGCAAUAUCCCCAUGGCCUGCCACAAUAUCCUGUUGGCCCUCAACAUAUGCAUCACAUGCGCCAUCAUUCCGAACAAUUUGAAGGCUCUCCCGCGCCAGAGGAUUCAAACAACGAAAAUGGUGGGGCCAAACGUCGAAAGGGUAUGGCGUCAAGCGUGGCUAACGACCAGGAAUUGCGGAGACUGCUGGUACAGUACCAAGGCAAGAGUCUCAAAGAAGUUGCUGUGGAAGUUCAAAAGAAUGAAGGCGCCGGAGGCAAAUCUGAGAAAGCAAAACAGGUCUUUGCUAUGCUCUGGCUUCAAGAAAACUGUCAAAGAUCAUCGAACUCUGUACGCCGUGACCGUGUAUUUACAAGGUACACGGAACGCUGUGGCAACGAGCGAGUUCCGACCCUAAACCCUGCGUCAUUCGGGAAACUUGUGCGCAUCAUUUUUCCAAAUGUCCAGACAAGAAGACUAGGAGUACGGGGCGAAUCGAAAUAUCACUACGUGGAUCUAUCCUUAGUUGUGGACGACGAUGAUCGACAAUAUGCUCCCGCGCCCGAAAGACCCGGAACGUCGGGCGGCCAGCAUGAACGGCGCGGAUCAGUCCAGGAUACAAACAAUUUUCUCAAGACCAACGUGACUCCUCCCACCGACCGACCUAUGUCACGAGCAACAAUGGAGACAGCCGACUUCCCCGCCCCGAGCGCUGCGUUCCUGUCAAAGGAAGCUGAUGUUGCUGGGGAUGGUAUGCCAGCCCCUGUAGAGUCUGCGACUGAGCGACUGGAUUGCAAGUACAUCAACACGCCAACCAUCCGUUUCCCCGUCAAAUCCAUGCCUACGAACGUCCUUGUAUCGCUUCCUUCAAUUCGACGAGAUUUACCUGCCAGCAUGGCGGCUUACCUGGGAAUGCCAACGCUCAAUUCACUUUCUCAGCCGUCUACUUCGUCGCAAGAUACCCCCAUUGACUUUCCCGAUAUCCAUCCUUACCUUGAAGGAGAGAGUUAUGACGCAUCCAUCGCCAAAGCCUUGUUCCAUCUCUAUCGUUCGUACUGCAUCGAUGUGAUCGACGCCUUUCGCAAAUGCAAAGAGAAGCCGUUCUUCAACCACCACUCAGCUUUCAAUGGGAAAAUGACUGUCCCAGUCUCCAAACUAUUUUCGAUGCCCUGCUUGGCUCCUUGGAUCCAGGAAUGCGAUAUGCGAAUGUAUAAGCAGAUUGUCCGGUUCAUUGCUCCUUUGGCAAUACAGAACGUGCCUGAGGUUGUGUGGAAUGUGUUCGACCGUAUCGGGUCGAGAUUGAUCAGCCACCUCAUCUCCGCCUUUGAAGAGAAGUGCCCUGUUCACGUUAUCGUUGCGAAGAUUGUACCUGCAUCCAGAUUUGCGCAUGUGCUGAAGAAGCUCAAGGGCGCGAACGCAGCUACCUUACAACUGAGUCGAAUGCUUGAGGACCCGCAACAGAGAACUCAGAUGUGGCUCGAUCUGAUGUCUAUGGUUGAUCCUGAUCGCCUCCUAGAGGAUAGUAUGCCACCACCUGAAAGUCUCGAGAAGAUGCAGGGCAUGCUGAAGCACGACAUGAGACUUCUCGUUGAUCCAAUUGAUGAUGCAUUGGUGCGCGCAGCGGAAGACGACCGGGCUAGCGCAUACGCGACCUUUAUCAAUGACAGCACUGAUUCUUGCGACGGCAUUCUGCUCCCGGAUCGCAGCGGUGAACCUACUUCUUUGCUCGAGCGUUGGAUCAAUUGGGUGGAGCGAUUGCCGCAACUAUUCGACGGCCAUCACCCCCAGUGCAUGAUCAAUUGGCACACCAGAUUUUGGAGAAGCGUCAUGAUGCAAAUGGGACAGGGUGGCGCACACAGCUAUCAAUCGUGGUGGUUUGUGGAGUCAUUCUCCACACAGAUGCUCGACUGGAUGACGCAGAUGGAAGGAUUGCUAAUGGACUCGCACAGCCAGAAGUCCGCAGACGAGAGAGAGCAAGAGAAGCGUAAGGAGGCCCACCCUCAUCCAGACGCACUUUUUCGUGGCACAAAGAGAAAGAGGGUAGCCGGAGAUGGUGACGGGGACGCCAAUGCUUCAGGUGGACCCGAGUCGCAUAAGUUGACGAAAGUGGAAAUGGCUCCCGGAAGCUCACCGACCCUUCCAGCGGCCAUUCUGGAACCGCAAGCGGAUCAGGAGGUCGAUGACGAUGAAACAGACGCAGAACUUGACGAACUACGACGCGGCGGCCCUUUAGACCUGCCUAGCUUUCACACUGGCCUAAGCAGUCCGGUCAAGCACCGCGGAGCCGGUAAUCAUGACGACAGUGGGAUCGACCUUGGGCUUGAUGUCGACGUGGAAGCCGACAAAGAGGCCAGAAAGUUCAACAAGCGAGACUGGCUCCUCAGCAGCGAUCCAGCCGAUUCAGCCAUGGGGCUGGUUGUGUUGGCUUAG